UGAAAAGCUGACAGUGCACUUCAGUGACAAAAUGUCUGCGUGUGUGUGUUUGCGCGUGUUGCUGUCAACUUGAAUUGAAUGUGUCCUGACUCAGUUUGUUAAUGACUUCUAUAUAAUGCACAGACCGACUGGCCCCGGCUAAUACAUCUGAGCCCUUCCAGUAAAACAUCUCAUUCACUCAGCAACGUCACACACACACAAGAGCACUGCAAUGAAGAGCUCUCACACUGAUUAGUCACCACACACACACACACUCGGCACACCACCUGAUUUCGGCACUUCUGUAUAGAUAAGACAGAAAUGAGUCCUUGUGGAUGGAGGGAAACAGCGAUUCCUCAGCGCUCGCUUAUUUCCAUAAUCCAUUUCCCUAAUGGAGAGUUUGAUAGAUAUAAACAGAGGUUUCUUUAUUGAUUUUGCUCUCGCGUUACAGUGAGCUUUGUGCGUUUGUUAACUGUUAUGACUCUUCUAAUGCAUGCGCCUUUAUGAAAUGAUAUUACAAUAUUCCCCUGCUCUUUGUGCUGAGGUCGUUUUAUGUACUAGACCUGCACGAGUCUAUGAACAGAUGCUCUGUGAGUCAUGUGUUUCAAGAAGUUAUUAGAAAGUACUCAUUGUGGAAUAGCUGUUGAGGUUUAUUUGUUCAUUGGUGUUCUGAAGGUUGCAGAGGGACAGGAGAUCUGUGUGAUUGAAGCCAUGAAGAUGCAGAACAGCAUGACCGCAGCAAAGACAGCCAAGGUGAAGAGUGUGCACUGUAAAGCUGGAGAUACAGUCGGAGAGGGAGAUCUACUGGUGGAACUGGAGUAGCAGAUCAUCAGUCGCUGUGGAUAAGCAAUCAAAGACACUAGUAGACUAGAUGGAACAUUUUUUACAUUAUCACUAUAAUGUAUUCAUCUCCCUGGGAUCUUGCUGGAUUCCAGUGAAGGAAAUGUCAAAACACUUACACUCUCUCGUGCCUUGGCCCUCCGUUGGAGGUGUUUUCAUUUCACAUGGAACAAACCACAAUUGGACAUCAGCAGCAGCAACUCAUCUUCAAAUGCAGUCAGUGAAAGCAGUUGACACUCUCUCUACUCUGUGUUGAUUUAGCAUUGUUUAGAGGAAGUGCUGUGAAUGUUUUGCAUUGCUGCAACUCAUUUUUAAUUAUAAGGUUAUAUUAUGCAAUGAUUUUUCUGCUCCAUGAUUAUUCAAGCAUAAUAUAGGCCUAUUCACUCAUCUACAAAUCACCAAUCCCACACUCGUCUAUUUAAGUGUUUCCAUAGAACUUGUACCUAAUUUCUGUCAUCAAAUGCAUUAAACUCAAUUAGUGAUUAUUUAGGUCUGUAGGUGCACUGUUCAAACACUUCAUUUGCUUGGGCUUUAAUUGUUAAGUCGUUUCCUCUCUUUCUAAAAUUGUGAAUCCGGAAGGAGCGGACCUUUAACAGAAGGAGAAGGCAGAUAUGAUUACUCAGAAACUAACAGACAGCUGUGGUCAGGCUUGGAGGAGGCACUUAGAUCUACUUUCUGUCUGUACUUGUUUUGAGAAAAAAUAAAGUGUUAUAAUAAAAAUGGGAUUAAUGUAACAUUCCAAGUGCUCAUGAUUGCUUGAAGCCCUAGGCUUGGGAAGGAAACACAUGAAUGCAUGAUUUGAUUGAAUGCUGUGUGGCAGCAGCUAUUUCCAGAAAA